AUGCUGCAUUUAAUAAGGAAACUGAAACAAAAAACAGAUGAAAAAGACGAUAAAACAAAUCGGUUAAAUAUUGAUAAAGAACCCAAAGAAACAGCUAUCAAUGAACGAUAUCUUGGCAUUGUUAAUAAAGAAAAACGUAAAAGUACACUCAUUUUCAUUCAUUAUUUUUCUAGAUCUCGUCUUAAAUGUGAUCCAGCAAAAGAUGAAAAAUGUUGUUGUGAUGAAAGUUAUUGAUCUCUUAAUGCUGAUAAUGGAUCAUAUGAUCUUAUUAUAGCACCAACUCAUGAAUUAACACAACAAAUGGAAGAAGAAGAAGAAGUAGUUAAAUUCGGCACACCAUUAAAUAUAACUGUUGUCUCAAUUAUUGAUGGUUUAUCUUGUGAAGAACAAGGUUUUACACCUCGUCUUGCUUGUCAAAUUGUUAUUGAUAAGCCAACUCGUCUUGUUGAUGUAUCUGAAAAUCAUUAUUGA